CACGCCUUGCUUGCUGGCAGACCACCACCACCACCACCUAGGAGUCCGACCUCAUGUACAUCGCCCACUGAAAUGGUGACGAAGAAAGCCAACUUGAAUCGUAUCCACGGCGGCUGCGAUUGCUGUGGCAAGUACUUCAAGACUUACGCCGCGCUUGCGAGUCAUAUGCGCGGGGAAACUUUCGAUUUCUUCUGCGCAAAAUGUGACAUCGACUGCCGAACCCGGACGGGGCUGCGCAAACACCAAAGCGUCGCACAUGCAUACUGCAGAUUUUGCGACAAGUACUCGGACCUCGAAAAUAAGGCUUCUCUUGUUGGGUGGUCGCACAUGAAAAACACACACUUCCACUGUGAUCCCUGCAGGGAGGCUUUCGAGGACGAGGAAGCGCUGCACAAGCAUUACAUCGAAUCACUGUCCACAGUCCAUCCCUACUAUUGCGUUCCGUGUCGCCAAAUAUUUUUCUCUGCUCAAGCGCUCCAAGACCACUGGCAUCGAGUAGAUGAUGACUUCCGUCGAGAUGAUGACUUCCGCUGCGCACACUGCGAUCCGAGUCCCUGCCAGGAGGCAUUCAAGGACGAGGAAGCGCUGCACGAGCAUUACAUUGAAUCACUGUCCACAGUCCAUCCCUACUAUUGUGUGCCCUGCAGCGAGCUCUUUGACUCUGCCGAAGCGCUCCAAGAUCAUCUAGACGAUAAAUUGAGCGGCUAUGCCAUCAUGUGUCCAUGGUGCCAUCAGUCUUUCGCCACCCGCCCGGCCGCGGUAGCGCACCUCGAGUCCGGCGGCUGUGUGUCUGGUGCAAAUCUCGAGUCCAUCAUCGAUUGGAUCAGCACGCACGACAUUCGGUCUAUGAUUACAGUCCAACCACGCGCGGUCCGCGGGGAUUAUCCUGACUUCAAGCUCGCCUUACUUGAUCUUAAAGACCCAGCAAGCAACCACGACGGCCUGCCUUGCCCUAUCUGCUUCACGGAGUUCCCUUCACGCUCCGCGCUCGAACAGCACCUUAAAAGUCCCCGGCAUGGGGCGACGACAUUCAUCUGUCGCGCCCCUGAGUGUGAGCGCCGGUUCACCACGCUGAGUGGUCUCUGGGCACACGUCGAGAGCAUGCAAUGUGACGCUUGGAAUUGCGAGGAUAUGAAGACGGCUAUUGAGCAGCUGGUGAUAAAUCUGAAUCUGCAACAAAUAGUAGAUCACGAUAACCCGCACUUCUCGUAG